AAAGGGAACCGCCUUCCUUCAGGAGGUGAUCAUCUGGCUGUCCGGGCCAGGGCCAUUCUCUUCUGGAACACUGCCCAAGGCACAGAUUCCAGCAUCUUCCCGAGUCCCUGCCUCUUGAGAGUUCACAUUUUAAUUUUUCCUCAUCACUAACCACCAUCUCCCCACCUUUAACUUAAGCCCGGGACCCGUCCCUGGGUCUUGGGUGGGUUUGGGGAGUAAUGUAUUUGCACCUGGCCUCUGUGGCUGAAAGCAAGCCUCGGGGAGUUGACUCCUUAAGCUCCUGGCAAGGCCUGAACAGAGCCGAGAAACGGGGGCAGCUCGCCUUUCAGCAGCCCGUCCUAUGACUGGGAGCUUCCUGGGCUGGUAUGGUGUUGCCUAUCGGGUUUCCAUGGCUCAAGGACCACCCUGGGGGACCUGACCAGCCUUUGUGCCCCCACCUUCUCACCUGGGCUCUGUAAGUUUCACCACCAGAGAAAGCAUUCUCUCGACUCUCAGUCCCCUCCCUUACACAGAGCCUUGGGAAGGGCCACAGGCCUCUCCUGCUGUCUUCAGUCUCCGCCCCACCCCUCCCUGCAGGCACGCAUAUGUUUAACAUCAGCCCCUGGACCCUAAGAAUUGCUGUUACCCAGCCGUUAGCAGGAGGGCUCUCAGACCUAGUAGAGGGUGGAGGGUCACACAGGCUGAAUGGGGGUUCCUUGGGGGAAGCAGCACAGAUUAAAUCCCAGAUAGGAAGGAGCAACACGGGGCUGAGCUGUGGCAGUGGGUGUGAGUGGGAAGGCCCAGACGGCCGACUUCAGUACUAGCUUCAAGGAGCUCACCCACUGCUGUCUCUCUGGGACGUCUUCUCUCUCCAGAUCUUAUGUUCCUGAUGUAAAUCUAAACCUAGCAUGUCAAGUCACUAAGAUGACAACCAAAUUACUUGCAAAGUGUAAAAAAAAAAAAAUUAAUGCCCUAGGCAGUUUUAUAACCAUUAUUGAUACCACAAAAGAAAUGUGGCCAUUGCUCGGAAUCAUAUAAUUUAUUCCGGAAGAGAUGUUAGAUGUCAGCUGGUCUACUCACCCCCAUUCCCCUAAGACUGUCCCUAAGGCCCCCAGCUUGGGUAUGUCUCCUCCCCGCAUCCUUUGCUCUCCUUGCUUCUCUCCUUCAUCCUCUUCCACUGGUGCCAUCAUUUACUCAGUCUUCCAGACUGGAGCCUGGGAGUCAGCCUCCACUGUUGUCUCAGCCCUUCCAUGGAACCCAUUUCUAAAUCUAUGCAUUUUCUCUCAGACAUGCCUCACAAGCAUGGCUUCUCUGUGCCACCACCUUAGAUCAACUGCCAUCACCCUCCUUUGGUCUGUUGUAAUAGCCUCUUCCCCUCAACUCCCCGCAUGGGCCUGUCCUCUCUGUCCAUCAUCCCUAAAAAGAUCAAAACUGGGCUUCCUGACGAUGCCUGACACUCAGGGCUCUUCGCGAUGAGCUCCCCGACCCCCUACACGUAUUUCACAGAGACCUGUUUAGCUGAUCCCGGCAAGGAGUUGAGUUACACAGGAAUCAGCUACAUAGUUGAUGGCAAAACUGGGAAGCCAAACCAGAGACUCAGAGUGAGGCAAGUCCAAGAUCACUUGUAGCAGGAAGCUACCCGCCCCCUCUAGAGCUGAAGGGACGAAGAGAGGAGAUGGUGUUUCAGAGCGGGGGAGCUGGGGACCUGCCUGGUGGGAACUAGUCCAGAGAGAGAGGGGCCCCUGGUGGUGAUGAAAGCCGUGGAGGAGCAGGCACUGUUGAGAUAAUGCCCACCACCGAGGGGUGAGGGAGGAAGGGUCCACUUCUCCCCUCCUCCCACCCUGCAGUCUCCUGCCGGUGUCUCUCUCUCUGGCUGAGCCAAACUAGAAGCUGGGGAACCCUGGAAACAGAGUUUCAGGGGGAGGUCCCCCCUCAUCCCACCUCAUGACCCAGACCAGGGCAGAGGCAGAGAGGGAGCGGAAUCUGAGAGCAAACAGGUGGAUGACUGGCCUGUUCCCCUAAUUCCACUUCAGCUACAGUUAAUCACUAACUGUUCCAGAACUUUAUGAUACCUUCUGGGAAACUGUUUUAUCACCUUCAUCUAGAAAACACUUCCUCCUUCACGAUCAGCAGAGAUAUUUUCUUCUCUGUGGAAUCAGCACAGACACCUCCAAAAGUGUAAGUUCCCCUCCUCUGGGCUCCUGCAAUUUGUUUAAAUCUCUCCUCGUGGUACUUGCCACCAGGGUAUUGUGGUGUAUCCUCCCCUUGUCUGAUUUCCUCUGCUCCACUUGGAGUCCCGCAAGGGCAAACGUGUUGUCACAGGUCUCUGCAUCCUCAGGACCCAACCCAGGACCUGUCCAUGUUGAGUCUGUGCAGGGAUGAGCAGACUAGGAGUUGUGGGGGCGUCUUCCCACGGUGUCACACCUGGUGAGUGGCAGAGCAGAGGUGGAGCCCAGGUCUCUGGCCCCGUGCCCAUUUCACUCUGAGAUUUGAUCUGUGAUCACCGGUAGCUCCCAAGAAUCAGAGCUUGAAAACCUUGGAGACUGUUCCUGGGCUUAGGUCUUAUGUUGUAGAACAUAAUAAAAGCAUUCCUGAAUUUUCCAAGCCUUUAUUAAUCUAAACAAGAUGUUGAGGGGCUGUGGAAAUAGUGUGGACAGACCAGAACCUUCCUUUUUUGUUAAACCUGAGACUGAAUUCUGCUAGAUAUGUGUCUUUUUUAUUGUAACUAAAAGCCAAACUCAUGCUGCUUCAGAAUGUUAGAUUCUUUAUUCUAUGUUCCCCCAAAAUGAAUCAGAAGAAAUACUGUAAGUAAAGAAAGUGGGGCUGGGUUGAGGGCCGACAUCUACCAGAUAUUAAAGCUCAUGACAAAGCUGCUCAGAGAAAGAAAGGAAGGAAGGGAGGGAGGGACGAAGAGAGGGGAGAAGAAAGGAAGUAAUUUAAAUCGUGACUUUACAGCUUUUCUUUGGAAUUUCUAGAAAACUCUUGGGGAAAAAAUGCAUCAAUUUGUGAGGCUUAAAAGUGGCAUUUUUAGGAAAAAAACUCAAUGAGCGUUCUUAGGAGCAGAUGGGAUAUGAUUUUCUGUUGUGUUUUUUGGUUUGAGUUAAUAAUUCUUCAGUGGGAGGACCAUUGUAAUUCCACCAACGGCAGGAGUAAGGCACUGUUUAAUGCAGUAAGGAGAGAUACAAGCUCUGAUGGUAAUUUUGAUGAUUUUUUUUCUUAUUUAUAAGAACUGAAAGCUUUUGUUGUUCCUGUUACAUAAGCUAUUAUUCCCAGAGGGGAAAGAUUUUAAUAUAAUGGAGCUGUUACUCAUUUCCACUAAAUAAGUGCCUGGGAAUGACAGAGUACAAGCUGGAAAUGCUGAAUUGGUUAGAGAAAUGUAUUUGUUAGACAAAGAAACAUUCGCUUUUAUAGUUCUAUUAUUAAGACUCUCUAAUGUCAGUGAAGACUAUGCAUUGAUUCCAUUUUCAGAGCUGAGUCACAGGCCUAAAGAAGCUUCAGAGGAAGGGGGCAGACCUUGCCCUGGGAGACCUCUCUGCUUGGUUUCUGUAGAACACCGCCCUGAAACAUCUCAAAAGCUGUGUGACAUGUGAUACUGCAACAGACUGAAUGCAGGAGUAGAAUGGCUUAUUCAGAGGAGCAAGGAGGCGUCCCCUGUGGUUUCAUCCGCCAGAACUCCGGCAACUCCAUUUCCUUGGACUUUGAGCCUGACACGGAGUACCAGUUCGUGGAGCAAUUAGAAGAGCGCUACAAAUGCGCCUUCUGCCGCUCGGUGCUGCACAACCCCCACCAGACGGGCUGUGGGCAUCGCUUCUGCCAGCACUGCAUCCUGUCCCUGAGAGAAUUAAACGCAGUCCCACUCUGCCCUGUAGAUAAGGAGGUUAUUAGACCUCAGGAGGUGUUUAAAGACAAUUGCUGCAAAAGGGAAGUCCUCAAUUUAUAUGUAUUUUGCAAAAAUGCUCCUGGAUGUAAUGCCAAGAUUAUUCUGGGACGAUACCAGGACCACCUUCAGCAGUGCUUAUUUCAAGCUGUGCAGUGUUCUAAUGAGAACUGUCGGGAGCCAGUCCUUCGCAAAGGUCUGAAAGAGCAUUUGAGCGCAUACUGCCAGUUUCGAGAGGAAAAAUGCCUUUAUUGCAAAAAGGAUGUGGUAGUCAUCAAUCUACAGAAUCAUGAGGAAAACUUGUGUCCCAAGUACCCGGUCUCUUGUCCCAACAAGUGUUUGCAGAUUAUUCCGAGAACUGAGGUGGAUGAACACCUUGCUGUGUGUCCUGAAGCUGAACAAGACUGUCCUUUUAAGCACUAUGGCUGCUCUGUUAAGGAUAAACGGGGGAGCCUGCAGGAGCAUGAACAGUCAGCCUUACGGGACCACAUGCUUCUGGUUUUAGAAAAGAACUUCCAAUUAGAAGAACAGAUUUCUGACUUAUAUAAGAGCCUAGAACAAAAAGAAAGUAAAAUCCAGCAGCUAGCAGAAACUGUAAAGAAAUUCGAAAAGGAAUUCAAGCAGUUUGCACAGUUGUUUGGCAAAAAUGGAAGCUUCCUCUCAAAUAUCCAGGUUCUUGCCAGUCACCUUGACAAGUCGGCUUGGCUAGAAGUUCAGGUGCGUCAAUUAUUGCAAAUGGCUAACCAGCAACAAAGUAAAUUUGAUCUGAGGCCUUUGGUGGAAGCGAUUGAUACAAUGAAGCAGAAAAUCACCCUGCUGGAAACCAAUGAUCAGAGAUUAGUUGUUUUGGAAGGAGAGACUAACAAGCAUGACGCCCACAUUAAUAUCCAUAAAGCACAGCUGAAUAAAAACGAAGAGCGAUUUAAACUGCUAGAAAGUGCCUGCUAUAAUGGAAAGCUCAUCUGGAAGGUGACAGACUACAAGCUGAAGAAGAGGGAGGCGCUCGACGGACACAUGGUAUCCAUCUUCAGCCAGCCCUUCUACACCAGCCGCUGUGGCUACCGGCUCUGUGCUAGAGCAUACCUGAAUGGGGAUGGGUCCGGGAAGGGGACGCACCUGUCGCUGUACUUUGUGGUGAUGCGGGGCGAGUUUGACUCACUGUUGCAGUGGCCAUUCAGGCAGAGGGUGACCCUGAUGCUUUUGGACCAGAGUGGCAAAAAGAACCACAUUGUGGAGACCUUCAAAGCUGACCCCAAUAGCAGCAGCUUUAAAAGACCCGACGGAGAGAUGAACAUUGCCUCUGGCUGUCCCCGCUUCGUGGCUCAUUCCACUUUGGAGAAUGCCAAGAACACCUACAUUAAAGAUGACACCCUGUUCUUGAAAGUGGCUGUGGAUUUAACUGACCUGGAGGACCUCUAGUCACUCCUUCUGGGGUGAUAAAAAGACUUCCUGGAUCCAGAAGCUUUGGUUAAUGUAGUGACUGAAUCUAGACUCAGUACACACUUGUGUUUGGCUUUUUGCCCUUAAUGGUUGAAGUCAGUUUAAGAUUUCUCAAGUGCUGUCUUUUUACAUUUCACUCUGUCUCAGUUUGAAACUUACAACACUUAGAAUAUCUCCUCGUUAUUUAUAUUUUUUAUAUCAUUUGAAAGAUGUUAACUUUCUUGAAUGUAAGGUCUGGGGCAUAUCUCUUUUACUGGUGCUUAGCAAGGGGUCUCAGUGCAGGCCCUCUAUAAUAUUAAGAGUUAUUGAGGACACAGAGGUAGAAUUUCCAAUUGAAGUGGUUUGGUAUUUUAUUGUUUAUGCCUGCUAAUUCUAGACCUGACCUUAAGCUUGCAAAAACCAUCUUUUAGGGUAGGCUGUUCCAGUUAGUUGGUAGUGUACUUCAAAUGAUGGGCUGUGUACUUCAAAGGUCAGUAUGCCCAGUCUGGACCAGACUUUUUCUGGUUAAAUACUGUAUUUGUGGAAAUCACUAUACCUCUAAUAUUUUCAUGAAAUUUACCAGUAGUCAGCAAGAACAAAUUUGCAAGGCUGCAUAAGAACUGGUGAAUAGAGUAAGCAUUUUCAUUCCCCUGCUGAAGCAAAGCAGAAAGUACUGCUAUAUAUGUAUAUAUAUAUAGCACAUUAUAUAUAUAUAUAUAUAUAUAUACUGCAUUUUAUAUAUAUAUGUACUGCAGUGUAUGUAUGUGUGUGUGUGUGUAUAUAUAUAUGAGAGAAGGAGCCAUUCAGCUAAAGUUCAGAUUUUAUUAGGUUCAACCAUGCAAAAAAAAUUAUUUUCAAACAAAAUAUUAGCAGUUUCAUAAGAUUCAACUUAAUAAAUAAUAUAUGUACGUGUAUACAAAUAGUUUAAAAGUAUUGUGGUAAUAAUAAAUUAAUGUGAGGAUGGGCAGAAUUAGUAUGUGAUGGAAAAAAUAUAUCAUAAAUGGAUAAGAGGAAUCUAAGACCUGGGGAGAAUGCUCUUACAAUUUCCUAUGGGUGUUAGGAGUAUUCCCAUCCAAAACUGAUGGCUAAAAACAGUAUUUCCUGGUUCUUUGGGGGAGAAAUCUUGAAUUCAUAAACUGGUGUGAAAACAGGCACUUAUAUAAACUUGUGACAUUUCUUGUCGAAGUCCUGAGUACUUUGUGAAGAGCAGAAAGGAUCAUGUUCUUCUGCACUUACCUGUAUGGGUCUGAGAGGGUAAAUACAAGCUGAGACUAGUCCUUCUGACUCUUGAUAAGCCUUCUGACUUAACGAGAAACCACCCAGUUUUCCUGAGCUCUAACUCGUUAUGGCACUGAGCCCCCACUCCCCCCACGCAGCUGGUUCCUUUGAGCGUGUAAGGACGAGUGCUGUGGGCUGAGGGCCACUUCGUGCCGUUCACUCAAGUGAUGACCACGCACCUUACCAACUCAUGACCAGUUAACCAAGGAGAAGCAGCAUGAUUUAUACCCGUGGCUUCUGGAAUAAUUGGAACUUUAAAAAUCUCUUGUAUGAAAUUCAAGAUGCUAAGGACUCAUACUGCAGAAAUCACCCCAAAGGGUUAAAUUCAAAGAACUAAGUUCCCAGUAGAAAUAUGCUAAAGACGUACACUGGGUGAACUCUGGUACAGCUGACGGUCAGCACCUCCCCGCAGACAAACUCAGGAAGUUCAGACCACACAGCCGGACGCAGGUGGUUCUGUGUGUGCUUGUUUUCAGCGUCUCUAAUCAAGCCCCAAGUCAUCCUUGUGCUCCUAAGCAAUGGGAGAUCACAUGUUGUAACCCGUUUUAAGUCGUUGAUGAGAAAAACAUUUUUAAGGUGAAUUUAUCAAAAUAUGAGAUCUGUGUUUUAACCAACUUUUCUACAUAAAAAGUUUAAGUCAAGGCAUGGUUUGUGACUUUAGAGUCUCUUCAUCACUGAAACAGUGAUCACGGAACGAGGUAUUCUCAAAUAAAAAGCACCUCUUUCUCAUA